AUGAAUCGUGCUACACUUGAAAAAACAGUGUUUAAUAAUAAAAAAUUAACGAAUAAUGAAAAAUCCUGCAGAAAUUAUACCGAUUCGCUUAGAAGCCUAACAACAUCUCAACUUAGAAUUGACAGAAGUAAAAAUUUAUUACUCCAUCGAAAUAUAAGUAACACCCAGAUGAGGAAUCUACCGAAUUUUGAUGGCACAAAAUGUAGGAAUAGUAUAACUGAUGAUAAAAGCAGAAACUGUAAAGACAAAUUAAAUGGUUCUACUGAGCAAAAAAUUAUGGAAUAUAAAAAUGGAAGCACUGCAAUGAAUACUACAAAUAAUGUAGGGAAUAGCAAGAAUAGGGGAUACAUUAAUUUGUUAAGAAAUAAUGUAAAAAAUGUUAUUAAUAAAAUAAUUAAUAGGAAAUCAGUAUUAGGAACAAAUGAUAACAACUUGGUCGAUAAUGACACAAAAAUGAACAAAAAAGAAAAUAACAACAUAGAAGUAAGUAAAAAACCACAAUUGUCUAGAACAAUUAGUGAAUUAACAGAAUUAAAAUCAGUUCCAGUAAAUUCUGAAAAAAAAAUAAAUGUCAACAAGGAUGUUAGAAGGAUUAAUGAAAAUAUAUCCUCUGUUAGGAGAACUUGGAUGAAUGUAAAACAUGAUAAUAAACAGAUUACGUCUAUUGGUACAAUAAAAGACCCCAUUGAUUAUGCAAAUAGAAAGGUACAACUAGACCGAAUAAGAAUUCCAACAAAUGACAAAAAAAAUAGCGAAAAAAAGAUAUUCCAUAGGAAUGGGGAUUGUAUGGAAGAAGGGGCUACUUGCAGAAGUAGCCAACUUGGUAAGUUCACCAUUGCAUGCGAAAAAAAUAAACCUACGAAUGAGAAAAUUCGUAAUGGAACCAUGAAAGACACUCCUAGAACAUCACUCACGAUGCACAAGCAGGUGCAAAAGGCAUACGCUAGCGUUGUUAUAGGAACACGUGAUAACAUCAUAUCACAAAAUGGUAGAAUGUCACCUUUAAUUGGAAAAGGAACAAACUCCCUAAUUAACAAAACGAGCGAUUUAAAGAAAAACGGAAUAAGUAAACCUUUUAUUCUGGGCAUAAGUAAAAAUGAAAAAAUUGCAAAAAAACAAACUUUUUACACACCCAGUUAUACAUCAAGAAGAGAAAAAUAUCUAGGAAGAAACAACUCACCAAAUUUUAUGUACAAUGAUAGUUUUCACAAAAAUUUGAAAAUGACAUUAAUUAAUACCAUUAUGAAUCCCGAAAAAGAGGAACAUGUGGAAGGAAAAUUGGAGAACAAAAAUGGAAAUUCAGAACUAAGCAGAAGAAACACUAUUUUAAAUAAAAAUGAUUUGUUAAAUAGAGAAAAAAUAAAAAGUGUAAUAAAAUGUGCAUCUACUGCUGACAAAGAUAACCUAAAAUCAAAAGGAAAUGAAAAGAAAUGCGCGCCACACAUAUUUGAAACAAAGCAACAAUUCAUUAAAAGAUAUUCUACAAUGGUUAGAAAUCGAAAUUCCAUUUCCCAAAAGAGUAAUAUGAACGGUAAUGGAAACACCAGUAUUGAUAAAGGAAGUAAUGUAGAAAGUAUGAAACAGCAUUCUACCAUUCAAAGGAAUGGUUCUUUAACUAUUAGUAAUUCCAAAUUGAAAUUUAAUACCGAAGAUAAUUUUUCACGAGAAUCAGGUAGACAUAGCAAACUAAAGGAAAAAUCUAUCCAUAACAUUGCUUCUUCUAGUGUAAAAUGUAGAAACAAUGAACCAAAUGAUGUGCUGCCAUUAGAAAGGUAUGAAAUAAAUGGAGAAUCUAAUUUGAUUCUAAAAAGUACACAAUCAGCUAAGGUUGCUUUUACAACAUUCGGAAGUAAACAUAAUAAUAACAAAGUAUCAAAGAAUGGAAAAACCAGAUGUUCAUUGUAUAAACAGGAGGAAAUAAGAACUAAAAAUGAACUAUCCCCCAUAAAUAUGAAUAAAAAUAAAGCUAAACAGUUGAGUACAUUAAAUUUUCAAACGAAAAAUGUGAAGAACAUGUUAAUUAAAAAUAAAGAAUGUAAAAUACAAGGUAUAACAAUGAAAUCAUCUCAUAGUCCAAUUAAUAAUCAAGGAACAAAAUUGAUUCCUAUCCAAAUUGUUAAUAAAUUAAAAAAAAAUUUUAAACAAAUUUAUUCUUCAACACAUUAUACUGUUUUGAAGGCUCAUAGUAAGAAAGACGUGAAUAAUGAAAAUAAAUCCUUUUCAGAAAUGGGUGACGAUGUAGGAUAUAAUAGUAAUGAUGAAGAUCAUAAUAUCAUGUCUUAUUAUAUUAUGAAUGGGGAGAAGAAAGAACAGGACAAAGAGCAGGAUAAUGAAAAUUAUUCGGCAGAAAAAGAAACAUACGUUAUACUUCCUUCUGAAGAAACAGCAAAAAAUGUUCAACAGUGUGGGCAAAAAUCAAAUGGAAUAUGCAAAGAAAAUAUGACAAAUUAUGACCCAUCUCUUAUUAAUUCAGAACCCACAAAAAAGUUUCUCAAAACUUGUUUGUAUGAAGAUGUUAGCUGCACAACCGUGAUGAUGUUAAAUAACAAUAUGAAUGAUGAAGAGAAUAAGGUGAAUUGUAUUACCCCCAGUUUAAUGGAUAAGACUCAAAGUCAAUGCCAUGUAAAUUUAGACUAUUCUGACAGGCUCAUCAGACCAAAUGUAAAAAUAGAAAAUGUUUUAGCUUACGAAGAGACAGAAUAUUUUUCUCCCUCCGAGGGAAAGAAAUCUCACAAUGAUGUGGAAAAAAUGAAUGAACAGGAGGGACCUACAAAUUAUGAACAAGAGGGGCCUACAAAUUAUGAACAAGAGGGGCCUACAAAUUAUGAACAGGGUGGGCCUACAAAUUAUGAACAGGGUGGGCCUACAAAUUAUGAACAGGGUGGGCCUACAAAUUAUGAACAGGGCGAUCCUACAAAUUAUGAACAGGGCGAUCCUACAAAUUAUGAACAGGACGAUCCUACAAAUUAUGAACAGGACAAUCCUACAAAUUAUGAACAGGACGAUCCUACAAAUUAUGAACAGGAAGAUCCUACAAAUUAUGAACAGGACGAGCAUACAAAUUAUGAACAGAAUGAAUCUGAUGAAAUGGAUUCUUCUCCUAAGGCAAAAAAUGAAAGCUUAGAAAAUACAAGUUCAGAAAAUGCCACACCUGUUCAUGAUGUAUCAGCUGAAUGUAACGGAGUGUAUGUACAGGCAGGAGGUUAUAAAACGGACGAUCUUUCAACAAAUACGAUAAUUCAUUGUGGUGCACUUGUGAGGGGUGAAGUGGAAGAAAAUUGCAACGUUGGAGAAACACAUAGUGAUGAAAAAGUAGACGAUUUCAAAAAAGAGAAGAACAAAUUAGGUGUGGACGAGUCUGGGUUCAUGACAGAUGUAAAAAGGAAAAUUUUUCAUGUGGAUCGUUUAUCUGGUAGUGUCGCGAGUCAUGUGCACCUGAUCGGGACAGCUGAAGCGGACGUAAAAGAAGAAGCAACAGAAGAGGCAGAAGCAGAUGGGGCAGAUAGAGCAGACGAAGCAGACACAUGUAAAAACGUUAGCACCCUACGUGGCAGUAUUAACGUGCUUAAUAAAAAACACAGCAGUGGGGAUGAAAAAAAUGGAGAUAUAACAGAAAUAGUGCAUGCAAAAAAUAACGAUUACGUCUGCAUAAGGGUUGAAUCUGAAGAUGAGCAAGUUAUCACAGAAAAUGUGAAACUUUACUUAAAGCAAAAGAGUCACGAAGAAGGAUUAACAAUGAAUUGUAGUGAGGUUCCCUCUAAAAGUUGUGUAAGUAGUAAAAACGAAUCUCAUGAAGAAUGCCAGCCAAAAGAUAGCGAUGUGAAUAUGUGCAAGUUGAAUACUCCUCAAAAUGGUCAGAAAAAUUAUGACAAUCAAUGGAUAAAUGAAACAAGAAAUGUUGUGUUAACAAGUAAAAUUUUGGAUGAAAUAAAAGUAAAUAAUAGCAAACAAGAAAUGUCGACACUUGGGGAAUGUCAUGAACAAAGUUGGGACACCACACUCAGUGGUGCUAAGAGUGAUGAAUGUGAGAAAACCCUUAGCGGAACUAUUAGUUCUAAAUGUGAAAACAUAGGAAAAAGCAAAAAUAUUGAUAAUGUGAAAAAUGUGCACACACAUUAUGACAGUUGUAACGAGUGGGAAGGCAUACAGCAAGUUGAAACACACAAUGAUGUAAUACCGCUAAGAACUAACUUGAGCAAAGAGAAUGUUGACACUCUGGGAAAACACAAGUUGGGUCCAGCUGAUAAUGCACGCGAAAUGAAUAGCACUAUUUGUGAAGACGACCAAAAGGCAGAAGGGAAAAGAAAAACCAAUUUGAAAACACCAAAGGUAGCAAAUAAUACAUUUUUUCCCCUGAAAAAACACAAAGUGAUAAGAAAAAACAGUAUGCACAAUAUUUAUUUAAAGUUCAAGAAGAAUUACAACCUGAGUUUGAGCAAGCACAAAAUAAAAGAAACAAAAAUAGGAAGCUAUGAUGGGAAAAGAAAAAAAGUAUACAAACAUUUAAAUAGGGUUCAGGGGUUAGAAAGUGAAAAAGUGAUGAAGGUCUGGGAUGAAACGCAAUCCACUGCUGAGGGUGCAGAAUUUCGUUCAAACGAACAGGAUGUAGAUAAAUUGCGUAGAAAUAAAAGAAGGAAAAUAGAAACAUUUUCAAUAAAUUUUACCACUUCCAACCGUGUCAUUAAGAAAAAAAAAACACACAUAAUUUCCCCUGUGGAGAAGUGCUUGCAAGGGGAAGUAAAGCACAUGAUAAUGAAGGGAUCGAAAAGGGGUGAAGGAAGGAAAGAGAGAAAAAGGAAAAAAAAAAAAAAAAAGAAAAAAAAAAAAUUAAAUAAGAACGAUGUGGGAGAGGCGAGAGUAGAAGAUGACGUGGGAGAGGCGAGAGUAGAAGAUGACGUGGGAGAGGCGAGAGUAGAAGAUGACGUGGGAGAGGCGAGAGUAGAAGAUGACGUGGGAGAGGCGAGAGUAGAAGAUGACGUGGGAGAGGCGAGAGUAGAAGAUGACGUGGGAGAGGCGAGAGUAGAAGAUAACGUGGAAAAGGCGAGAGUAGAAAAUGCUUUGGGAAAGGAAAAAACGGAUGUACCCACCUGCACAUCAGCGGAUGCAGUUUUCUAUGAACACGGGUGGAUGGAGAUUAUUCUACAAUUAAUAAACAACGACAAUUUCGAUUUGGGGGAAAAGUUGAUGCUUUUAAUCUUUGAGAAAGAGGAGGAGAUAUACAGAACAUUUGUAAAUGCAGAGAGGAGUGACGCUUGUGCAGAUUACGACUCAAGAGAACACAAGACUUCGGAGGAAAGGAAAAAUCUCUCUGUUCAUAAUAAUGAUGAUGAUCCAAAAGGGAGGAGCAAAAAAAAGCUAUCCCAUUUCAUGGACCAAAUUUUUCAUAACUGUCCAUCCGAUUGGCCACUACUAGAUAUAGGCAUAUUAAUUAUAGUAUCACAAAUAGUAUGUCAUAUUUUUAACAUGAAUAAAUGGAAAUAUUUUAACAAAGGUUGUCUAAUGUUUGAAAAGUAUUGUAUUGGAAUUUUGUUAAAUUCUUCAAUAAUUAAUUGUAACAAAAAUGGAAAUACUAUACUGAUGUUUGAACACUUUUUUUUUUUUAAAAUUAUCACUUCUAUGAACUGUGAACUUUCAGAGGAAGUCAUAAAAUAUCGUACUAAUUAUUUAAAAAAUGAUCAUGUGGUUAAAGAAAAGACGAUUCUAGAUGUAAUUUUUCUUGCUUUAGCUUAUUACAUUACCGCUAGUCAGAACCUAAAUGAAUAUAGAAGAGAAAAUAAUAUCCUAUAUUACCUGAAUUUAUUUCAUAAAAAUAGGAGUGAAAGAAGAAGGGAUCCCUUUGGAAAUUAUGGAAGCAAGGGGAUAAGAAAUAAAAUAAAAUAUAAUAAAAUCAAGAAAAGAAAAUUAUCUGUUACAAAUAUUGGUAGGAACCUUAGUAGGAAAAGUACCAAAAAGAGAUUUUCUGAAAAUUUGCAUAAAAAUAAAAUAAAUGAAGACGAAUACAUUUAUGAAAAAUAUAAAAGAAGAAGGAUGACAUACGAGAAAAAUGUGAAAAGGAGACUAAGCAUUUUGAAGACAACAAAAUGUAUUAAUAGAAUUGAAAAAAAUUCUAUGAAUCAAACAAAUGCUUGUCUUAGCAUGAACCAUCGGAAGGAAACACUAAAGGAAAAAAAUAAUAAAAAGGAACUGAAAGCAAAUCAAGUGGAUAAAUUUUUCCUAUUUAAGAAUAAUAAAAUUGAAACUAUUGUUCAAUAUCAAACAAGAACCGAUUUUGAGAAAUUGCUGUGUCUAAUUAUUAUCGAAAUUUUUAAUUUAAUUUAUGACAAUAGGGAAUAUUCAGUUAAAAACGUUCUUAUCAUCAGGAAAUUUUUUAGAGUGUUUUUGAAUUUUGCACAAAAGAGGUUUAUUGCCUUGUCUAUUCGUGCUCACUCUGGGCAGUGCGCGAGAGUUGACAAAUCGUGGGAUUCAGUAGGAACAGAUGUAAAUGAUGUGGUAGAAAAUGAAACCCAAAAUGAUGUAAGCGAUGUUGUAGGAAAUGGAGCAGGAGGCGACACCCGAAGACAAUCAUUAUUUGACAUAAACCAUAUUGAAUUCAAUAGAACGAACGGUGGUGUAGUGAAGAACACAAGUGAAGAGAUCCUUCCAUCACCAAGACAGAUAUAUGAUAACUAUUACAAUGUGUGGAUUUGGGUAGAGAGAAUUUUUUGUGAAAAUUUUUAUGAAAUAAACAACAUGAUGUAUAACGUAAGCAUGGAGAAUAAUUGGUUGGAAGAGGAUUACAAACUAAGUGCAAAUUAUGGAAAAAUAGAAAUAAUAAGCAAGAAUGUGAAAAGAUUUUCAUCUCUGCAGAAGCGUAACUGUGCCGUAUUGAGAAAAUAUUGGAUUACAUUUGGAGUGAAGGAGCAAAGAGAGGAAAGUGAACAAUGUAUAGGAAAUGAAGUAAGCGCAGGAGAGAGAAGAAGCACCACCCCAUCAGUACGAUCUUCAUUAGAAGUUUCACCUUCAGCAGAUACAUCUUUAGUUAGGGCAAAUGGUAUGGUCUCAAAUGAAUGGGGGAUUCCCAAAGGGUACAUGGACAAGGAGGAAAAGAUAUACAAAAAUAAAACACUUUUAAAACUUGAAAAGAAGGAUUGCUUAUUUGACAUGCUAACUUUUCAUUUUUUGAGUGCUGUAGAAUGCAUCUGUAAUGUAUAUCAAUCAAUUGAAGAAAUUCCUUCAUUUUUGCAUUUAAAAAAGGAGAAUUAUUUUAUGAAUUACAUGGGUGGUAGUAACCAAGGAGGAAGUAACGAAAGAAGAAGUUACCAAAGAGAAUGUAGCGAUGGAGUAGUUGUAUCUCCCUUCCUGAAUGGGUCAAUAAGUGAGAAAUGUGAAUUAGAUAAAGGUUUUUCAAGUCCUAGCCAAGUAUUGGCUCUUGUAAACUAUCAUAUGGAUAGUAAUAAUUACGAUAAAAUGGAAAUGCAAAUAAGAAAUAGAACAAAUGGGAUUCCAGAAGAUAACUCAAUUUUAUGGCUUAAAAAAAUAAAAAGGAGAUUAAAAAUAUAUGACAUACAAUGGCAUGAAGAGUACGAGAAACAAUACUUAAAUUUGGCAACAUAUAUAGGAAUAUUAAAAAGCAAAUUUAAAGAAAAUAAAUUAUUUCAUAACAUUUUGAAACGUAACAUAAAUUCCAUAUGGUUGAAUAAAAAUCAAAUUUAUCUUCAAUAUAUUCAGAUAACAAUUAAUUGUAAAUUUUUUUUAGGUUCAUCUUAUAAUGAUAUUUAUGAAUUUAUAAAAAAAAAUUACACUUUCGUUUUUAGUAUGGUGAUGCAGUUGCUUCGUAUGGAUGAAAGAAGCACGCAGUUCGACUUGGAGGAAGCAUCUGUUUCAGAGGAAGAACCGCUCUUGGCCACUCGAAUUAGACACUUGCCUGGAAAUACUUUCCAUAGAGCAAGAACUGUUAGUUUGGAUAAUGAAAAAAGCACCGCUGCAUCUGCCUCUGUUACUGCUGCUGCCCAUGCUUCUACUGAUUCUGUCAUCUUUUUGGAAAAAGAAGCGGAGGCGAAAAAACAAUUUCUAGAGGACAAUUUUAUACUCAUCGCGUGGGAGAUUGCAAACUUUUACUUUUGUAUUUUAUAUUACAAAUUUGAGCUGAAGGAGAUUCUGCAGGAGUUACAAAAAUGGAUGCAAAUUUUUCACAAAAUGGAAGGAGGGGAAAAUGGUUCCUUUUUCAUAUACAAACAUCGGUGUGCAUCAUAUCUUAUACACAUUUUAAUUUUCAUGAAUGAGUAUACAUAUGCACACAGGAUUAUGAAGCAUGUCUCUCGGGAGUUUUUGCAAUCUGAUCAGAGGGAAGUAAAAAGAUGCAAAAGAGAAGUAUUAGUAAGGUCGGUAGAAAGAGGUAAUAAUUAUUUUCAGACAGAAAAUGAGAAUGUUGUGAAGGAAGAUUCUAACAUAACAUGGAACCAAUCUCAAGAUGAUCAAAGGAAAGGAGAAAUUUUUCUAAUAUCCAAGUAUGAAAAAAAGAAAAUUCUACAUUGGCAUGUAAUAAAUAAAUGCUACUUAUACAACAAAUGGAUAAAUUAUAUGAUGAAAAAGUAUAAUUGUUUGAUUCCGUUUUUUUUGAGAAAAAAAAACAUUGUAAAAUUAAUUCUGUUUAAUAAUAAAAAUGUACAAAUUCUUAUGAAAAAGAAGAAAGAUAAAAUUUUAAUAAUAAAAGUGUUAAAAAAAAUGCAAAAAUUACAGAAUAUUAUUUUAUCUCUGUAUUGCUUAUGUGUUAAGCUUUACAAGGGAUAUUACUACUACUCAUCAAUGUUGCAUUACCACACUUCGCAACAUAUUUUACUUGCAUCUAAAUAUUUGAAUAUACAUAUUAAAAAGAGGGAUGCAGAAAUCAAUUACACACCUUCGACAAGUAACUACAGGGACAAGUUAAAGGCCGACCAGGUGCUUCCCCGUAACCCACUGUUGAACGAUGUACUUCCACAAAUUCCAAUCUCGACAAGGUUAGUAACCCCAGAUCGGAAUGUGGUGGAUCUAUUUAAUAUGAAUUAUUUCUCUCCCGUGGGUGCUUACAAUUUGGAUGGGUACACUCCAAAUGGAACUGCUCCAAAUAGUACCGCUCAAAAUGGGUGCACCCCGAAUGAUGACACCGCUACUAAUCUCGGAGCAGAAAAGUGGAGUACCCCUAAGGUGCACUACGUGCAUGGAGAGAAUCCCCUCAGGGAUGCUCCUCAGAAUGACAACCCUUAUUGCAACGAGGGUAGAGAGAAUAAUGAGGAUAUGUUUUACCUGAACGCACUCAUCUUGAGCAUACAGAUACAGUACACGUUAUCUGUGUGCAUCAUAAUUUGUGCAGAGUUAUUCAUAUUUCCAUCCAAAUUACAAAAGCUGGUAGGGGUAAGAGAAGCAUAUAAAUUAAAUCCACCUAGUGUACCCAAGUACACUUCCUACGUGCGUGCACUAUUUAACUACAAGAUUUUACGUAAGCAUUAUAGGAUUCUGAAUGGACACAAUUUCAGCAAAAUGAAAGGAAAAAAUACCCGAAGAGUGAUUAGAAAAAAAGAAAAAAAAAAAAAAAAAAAAAGACAAGAAAGGGUAGAAAUUAUAAAUUCAAGUAGAAGGAAAGUUAAUGAUAUGGACAAAUAUUUUGUAGAUUAUGUAGCUAUUACAUCUACAGGCAAAAACCACAGCGAAUAUUUUUCACCUGAUGGAAACAAAAUACAUAACAGUAAGGAUACUCACGACAAUCGUCCUACCACAUGUUAUAGUACCUCCCAGUGUUGUGUGAAUUACGACUAUGAUGAGAAGAUGUACAUACAAAGAAAUAUACAAAAUUGGAUGAUAGAUGAUUUGGAUUACAAUAAGUGGAAUACCCAGGUGGAGAGAGAUUGCCUCUCCGAUGUCAUAAUGGAAAGAAGCCAUGAUUCUCUCGUGGUAACAGAAAAUAAAUCAACUCUUAGUGAUUGUAUACCUGGUCGUUAUGAAAAUUUUAAGAAAUCAAUUUUGAAAAAAAGAAGGAAAAAUCUGUUUGUUCAGGAAGAUAGGUUAAAAAAGAGAGGUUCUUCUUCCAACAAUUCGAUGCAGCAGAGAGCAAAAGGAUCAAGAAACAUGUCUAACGCGAAGAAAGUCUGUCCAAAUUGUGAAAUUUUUUCAAACUCUGGAAUAUUCUCCUUAGGGACUCUGGACAAGGUGGAAACGAAAAACGCUUAUCACAUUUUAAUACAAAUUUCAACAUGGCUAAGUAAAAAUUCAGCUGUUCAACUUGUGUGGAUUGGUCAGAAACUGUUUAAAAUGUGCCUUCCGGAAUUUCUUUGCAUUGUCUUGGCUCUCCAGGCCAACAUGUUUAUGAACAAAAACAUCUUGACAAAUAUAAAACGAAUAGAUUGCAUCCUGAAGCUAUGUUCUGAAAGUCCACAGCUCGUGUACUUUGCAACUGAAUGUUUGAAGAAUUACAAAAAUAAAACAAAUUUGAAGAUAUACAAAAACUACUUUAAAGUAAAUAAAAAGUACAAGGAAAUUUUUCUGAAACAAAAAAAGGAUAUCAUUGAUUCGAAGGAUGCACUUUUCCAACUAUGCGAACAUUUCUUAUGUUCCCACAUUUCAGACAGUGGCACAACGUGA